AUGCGGCAGGUGUACAGGCAAAAGGCACAAGGCACAGUCACCCAUAAGCGGGAUCCACAAAACAACACCGGCAUCGGACAAGACAUCUCUAAUGAUGAGAGAAUGCCAACCGAAUCAUUGCAGACCCGGAGACAGUGGAAUACUCUUGCGCGUGUUGAUCGUAUUAUGCCAGUUGUUGCUGGGCAAGCCAACAUACCCAGCUAUCAGCCGAUUCAAUUGUUGAAGCCUGAGUCUCACACGUUGCCCAUUCACAAGCGGCCUUUGCAACAGCUCAACAAUUUCCCCGCAGAUGUUGCCAACCCGGUCUUCGAGAUCGAGGACUUCCUUCGAUAG